AUGAUCCCAUUGUUGAUGCAGGGCUGGCUGCUAGCGUCUCCAAUCAGUGUUCGUGAGCGCCCCUGCCCUCAAAGCUGUAGAUGUGAUGGGAAAAUAGUAUACUGUGAAUCCAAUGCCUUUCGGGACGUGCCAAACAAUGUGUCUGUGGGAUGCCAGGGCCUCUCUCUGCGCUACAACAGCUUAGUGAAUCUCAACGCUAGUCAGUUCUCAGGCCUCAGUCAGCUUGUUUGGCUUUAUCUCGACCACAACUACAUUAACUCAGUGGACAGCCAAGCCUUCCAUGGGGUACGGAGGCUGAAAGAGUUGAUUCUCAGCUCUAACAAGAUCACACAGCUACAAAACAACACUUUCCAUACUGUCCCUAACUUACGCAAUCUUGACCUCUCUUACAACAAGCUGCAAGCCCUCCAGCCCAGUCAAUUUCUGGGCUUGCGGAAGUUGCUUAGUCUCCACUUGCGGUCCAAUUCUCUGAAAACUGUCCCAAUGCGGGUUUUUCAGGAUUUGCGGAAUUUGGAGUUUCUCGAUCUUGGCUAUAAUCGUUUGCGAAGCCUCACUCGAAAUGCCUUUGCUGGGCUGCUCAAGCUGAUCGAACUUCAUUUGGAACACAACCAGUUCUCCAAGAUCAACUUCUCUCACUUUCCCCGCCUCACCAACCUGCGGGCACUCUAUUUGCAAUGGAACCGAAUUAAGUCAAUAAGCCAGGGUCUAACCUGGACAUGGACAGCCUUGCAAAAGCUGGACCUUUCUGGAAAUGAACUGCAAAUAGUGGAUUCCAGUACGUAUCAAUGUCUUCCCAACCUACAGACCCUGAACUUGGACUCCAACAAGCUUAGCAACAUGUCCCAGGAGACAGUGGAUGCCUGGAUCUCCCUGACCACCAUCAGCCUAGCUGGUAAUGUGUGGUACUGUAGCCCCAGCAUCUGCCCCUUAGUGGCCUGGCUGAGAAACUUUAAGGGGAACAAGGAGACCACUAUGAUUUGUGCUGGGCCUAAGGAGGCCCAGGGAGAAAAAGUGAUCGAUGCAGUAGAAACAUUUAGUAUCUGUAAGGUCACUCCCACCACCCCUUUUGUCUCAACCACAGCCUCCAUCAACACCCCAUCUCAGUCUGAGCUCCUGCCCCUUCCCACUUUGUCCAGGGUUGAUGAGGAGUUGACCCGCAGUGGUACGGCCAUCCCCUCCCCUUCUGGGGUCUCCCCUACCACCCCAGAGCAGGAUUUUGAGUAUGUAUCCUUCCAUAAGAUUAUUGCUGGCUGUGUGGCACUUUUCCUGUCGGUGACUAUAAUUCUCCUGGUUAUUUAUGUGUCCUGGAAGCGCUACCCCAGCAGCAUUAAGCAACUCCAGCAGCGCUCCAUGGUCAAAAAGCAGCAGAAAAAAGUGCAGGAAACAGAACGCACCCUCAGCUUGCCUCUGCAAGAGUAUUAUGUGGACUACAAACCUGCAAACUCUGAAACUAUGGAGGUGCUGGUUAAUGGGACUGGACCCUACACAUACACAAUCUCAGGAUCCAGAGAAUGUGAGGUAUGA